GUAAAGAUCUCUGUUGUGAAUUUCCUACUCGAGUGCCGUCCAAAUUGUUGAAAAUCCAAAAAAGUUGAUACACAACGUCAGAGGACAUGGGCUGCUCGAUGAAAAACGAUCCUUUCUGCGAGACCUAACGUUCUCCAAGUUUGUCGCCUGAGGUCCUGAAUCACCCUGUAUAUCUAUGUAUAUUUAUAUUAAAUGUAGAAUAAUUGUAAUGGGUCGAUCAACAAAGUGAUCUUUGUCCAAAGAAAAUAAGUAUGGAGUGCUGGCCUCUAAUCUAAUCUGAAAAUAUGGCACAAAACAACGUACAGAGAUAGAAUUCUCGUCGAGAUUCAAUGCAACCGAUAGGAAUAAAAGCCUCGUCCGACAAUCGUAUUGCACUCACUGCAAGUUUCCCGGCAGGACGAUGCUGUUUCUACGCUUCUGGUGCGCCGUGCUGAUCCUCUGUAUAACAGCAGAGGCGUACGUUAAUGUGGUAACGAGCUGGGACGAGGACAACUUUGCGCCACUUUCGGGAGACGCGCCGAAAUAUGUUCCAACUUGGCCCAGUCUAGACAGCCGGCCGCUUCCGUCCUGGUACGAUGAGGCGAAGUUUGGAAUCUUCAUUCACUGGGGUGUAUUCAGCGUGCCCAGCUUCGGCUCCGAAUGGUUUUGGAAUCACUGGAAAGAGGAAAUUUUCACUACAAAAUUCCGAGACUUCAUGAAACAAAGGUACCCUCCAAAUUUCACCUAUCAAAACUUCGCGCGGGACUUCACCGCCGAGUUCUUCAACGCCUCCGACUGGGCAGAAUUAUUUCAGGCGUCAGGUGCGAAGUAUAUCGUAUUGACGAGCAAACAUCAUGAAGGAUACACAAUGUGGCCGUCGACGUAUUCGUUCAGUUGGAACUCCAUGGAUGUGGGGCCGCAAAAGGACCUUGUUGGUGAACUGGAGAAGGCAAUUCGAGACAAGACGGGUAUAAAGUUCGGCUUGUAUCAUUCCCUGUUCGAAUGGUACAAUCCUCUCUAUGUAGCAGACAAAGGGAGCAGUUUUGCAACGGACAGAUUUGUGACUCAGAAAGUGAUGCCGGAGCUACGCGAGUUGAUAGAAACGUACAAGCCGGAUAUAGUUUGGUCGGAUGGAGACGGAGAGGCAACGGAUUCUUAUUGGAAGUCAAAGGAAUUUUUAGCCUGGCUGUACAACGAGAGUCCUGUGAAAGAUACAGUGGUGGUGAAUGAUAGAUGGGGUAUUAAUAUAUCGUGCCAUCAUGGUGGUUUCUUUACGUGUUCCGAUCGUUUUAAUCCCGGUGUGCUUCUUCCGCACAAGUGGGAAAACUGUAUGACGAUCGACAAAAAGUCCUGGGGAUAUCGCAGAAACGCUGUUUUGUCCGAAUACUAUACGUUGGCUGGAUUAGUGAAGGAGUUAGUGAUUACUGUAAGCUGCGGUGGAAAUUUACUGAUGAACGUUGGACCAACAAAAGAUGGUAUCAUCGCGCCGAUAUUUGAAGAAAGACUGCGCGGAAUGGGCGCUUGGCUAGCAGUUAACGGCGAAGCUAUUUACAAUACUAAGCCUUGGACAGCACAAAAUGAUACUUUAACAGGAAGCGUCUGGUACACGUUAAAUAAUAAUGAGAAACAGUUGUACGCCUCAAUUUUGGAGUGGCCAGAUGAUAAUGUCUUGUCGUUAGGCUCGCUCAAACUUUCGACCAGUUCCCAGAUGCAUUUACUUGGUUAUCCAUCAGCAAUUUCUUGGAAGCAGUCCGAUAAGAAGCUGGAAAUAAAUUUGCCUCCUAAUGCACAUAAAGGACAGCCAGCUUGGGUGUUAAAGAUUGAAAAUAACACUGAUGAAAUAUAAGACAGUAUUUUAUAUGUAAAUAUAGAUUUUCUAUAAUGUCUAUGUAUAUUUUUAUACGUAUGUAAUAUUAAUUUUAAAAAGGUACUUUAUCUGAUAGACAAAAACUUUAGAAAUACACUUAAAUCAUGAACGGUAAUUUUUAUUCAGAAAAUUUUCUUUAAUAGAAAUCAUAAACAUAUAUAUAUUGUGCAAUAACAAUUCAUAAAAUGUUUGAAAGUACGUGUAGAACAAAAACAAAUGGUUAUACACUUUGAAUUCCGGAGAAACGAAUAAUUUUAAAUUUGUUCGAGUCUUUUCUCUCUCCUGUUAAUUCAAAUUCAUGCGAUCUUGUUUUCAUGAGAAGCAAGACACAAGUCGAGAGAAAUCUCGCUCUCGAAUCGCGUGACACGAUUAGUAGUGAAUUGUUAUGGGGUGUAAGUAUACAUACAGUAUGCAUCAGGCUGGCGACCACUGGCAAUCGUUCUGUAAAAUCGAAACAAAUAAUACUACAUUUUUAUACGAAAAGUAGAAAGCUCUGUAGUAUCGUAACGUAUCAUUUCUCGCACUUACGCAAUUUAUCUACAUCUACUCUCUUCUCCCCUGACCCUUCUCUCUCUUGCAACAUAAAUUGUAUCUCGGAUGAUAUUUUUUAAACGUGAUAGUGGGGUCAAGAUGAGAACGUGAUUAUGAUCAGUUCUCAAAGAUAAUGUACAUGGCUGAUGAGUAGAUAACAUUUGCAUCGAUUAAUAUUAUAAAAUGGAAAUUGUUAAUCUAGUAGCUGUAGCUAUGUGACAAUAAAACUCACUAAAUUGUCAAAUGUAUAAUUAUCGUUUUGACAUGUGUAUUGCACUUUUUUGUCAUCACUUAUGAAUGUGAUUUAGUUAUUGAGAAAACCGAUAUGUAUUUAGUGUACUGCAAUAUAACUAAACGUGUAAUAAA